UUAUUUCUUUUUUUUCGUUGUAGCAAACGAAACUUGAUUUCGCUUUUCGUUGAUCACGAUCUUCUUAAAUUCUUUGAAGUUUCAAGUGCCACUGACACAGUCUACAGUCAUGAUAUUUUUCACGUGAAUUAUUAUAUUUUAUUAAUUAAUACCCUGCAUUAUCAAAGAUGCUGUAGUAUUAUUUGUUUAAAAUAAUAAUAAACAAACGAGAUUAUAAAUAUAUCAUAUUAAGAUUAAAUAAUUGUGAUAUAUAUUUAAACAUAUACAAUUCAACAUCAACAUUAUGUGGAAGUGUCAUAAAUGCGGAAAGCCUGUUUAUUUUGCUGAAAGAAAACAAUCAUUGGGCUAUGAUUGGCAUCCUGAGUGUUUAAGAUGCGAGGAAUGUGGCAAGAGAUUAAAUCCAGGCCAACAUGCUGAGCAUAAAGGAGUACCGUACUGUCACGUUCCUUGUUAUGGUGCGUUGUUUGGUCCACAAUUAUUUGGUCAUGGUACUAGAGUCGAAUCUCAUACAAGCUUUGGUAAAAAAGAGCCGCGAUCAACUUUACCGAGGUCGCAUUUAGAAACAAAAUUAAAAGUUUUUAAUCAGUAUUAUGAGGGUAAAAGUGGUGGGAUAAGAAGUAGAGAAGUCAAUGGGAGAUUAAUUCUCGAAGGUGCUCUAAGAAUUUAUUGGGGGGUACGUGGUGUAAUUCAUUUAAAAGAGGAUGAUGAUCAGAGAACAGUCGUAACAGCACGAAAUCGUAAUUCUUGUCGUCGUAGUGUUGCUGAAAAAGUUGAAGACGAAGAUGAGGAUGAGGAUGACAACGAUAAUGAUAAUCACAAUGGAAAACGUACUAGUCCAAAUGAAAAAGAUUUAUCACCAACGGAAAGUAAUUUGGAGAGUGAGCCAAAUUCAGUGCCGACCUCACCCGAUCACUUAAAAAGUCUGACCUUACCGAUGAAACUUGAUGUUAAGAAUAUGGAGCUAGACGAAUUGGACGAGUUGCUUCAAGUUGAACGUAAAGUUGAGGACGGUGAUAAAUUGUAUCAAACAAUGCCUGAAAAUCUGCCAUCGAUGUCGCAUUCUGUCACUGAAACAUCGCAGUCGGCGAGUCAAUCGAGUCUUGACGGGUCGUCAGAGAAUCGAAGCUCGAUGACCAACAGCAGUGCUAGUUCGCAAACUAAAACUAACAACAGUAGCAUCAAUAGUACGCCGACACACAGCUUAGACAGUACUUCAUCUAGCACAGAUACUCCUAAUAAUUGUCAAGGAACUCCCAACAGAAAUGGCAAUUUACGCAGAGUCGAGUACUACGAUAGUCUAGAAAAAAACAGCAAUAAUCGGAGAAUGAGUAACGAUGACAGCUGGAUUGAGAAAGGAUUAAAUCGUUCGAUGUCUGGACCUGAUUGCCUUCAAAGACAUCGCGGCGACAGUGAUACUGAUUCAGUUAAUUCGCUCCACUUUCGUGAUGACGACAAUAUGACCAUGUCUACGGACAGUGGGUUAGAGCUGGAUGGCGUUGUUCUGCGUCGUAAACAAGGAUCUACGGCGAUACGUCGACGUCCUGGUGGCAGAAGACAGUCGCGAAGUCGAUUGCGUCGCCGUUGUUCCAUCAACGGGCACUUUUACAACCGGGAAACAAGUUUUUUUACUCCACCACAUGGAUCACAAAUGUCAGUCUGGGUCACUAGUCUUGUUAGUACUCAAGAGGUUAUUAAUUUGAUGCUUGACAAAUAUAAAGUCGACGCUAAAUCAGAUAAUUUUGCUUUGUUUGUCGUACGUGACAACGGAGAGCAACGUAGACUAAGAGAUGAUGAAUAUCCUCUAGAAGUUCGUGUAGCUCUCGGACCACAUGAAAAUGUUGCACGUCUAUUUCUCGUGGACAAAUUAUCGACUCCCGAAAUAAGCUCAGAUGUCGCCCAAUUUUUGAAUCUCUCAUUAGCUGAGUGUCAGGGCAUUUUACAACGAUACCAUUACGAGGAAGAGAAACAGAUUUUGCUAUUAAAAGAAAAGUACAAGGAAAUGCGACGUAGAAUAAAACAACGAAUGGAAGAAUUGAAAGUCCGGUUGUAGGUGAGAAAUGAGAUUAAUUUUUCUUUUUUUACUAUUUUUUAUUGAAUCAUUGCUAUUUUCAAUUGAGAUUGAUCAUUACUUUUCAUUUUAAGCACAGAGUGCUCACAUUAAUUAAUUCUUAAAAUUGAUCUAUUUUUAUUACUCGAUAAUUUAAUUACUUUUCUUUAUCAAAACGUUAUCACGAGAAUAUUUUAAAUAACAAAAUGAAAAUAAAGCUAAAAUUACAUUUGAUGGUGACAAAUAAUCAUACAUCAGCGUGUAAUACAUAUCGAUUUUUUUUCUCUCGAGUUAAAAAGGCUGGCAAAUUCAAAUUAAUUAAAAAUAUAUAGGUUUAUAAAUGCUUUUACUAACGUACAUUUAUUUCUUAUAUUUUUACACUACUGAGCUUUAUAAAAAAAUUUAUUUGUUUUCUGCGAUUGUGCAUUAUCAUAAAUAUAAUGUACGCGUAAACUAUAAAUCUAAUUUUUAUAAAUCUGGUAGCUAAUAGUAUAGAUAAUAAUUUAGAUUAAUUAUAUUUAGUAAUUAAGUUUUUUAUUCUAAUGAAUAAAGAAUAUUUUUAGUCAUCGUUUAUUGGACUUGAAUAAUUUCUAUUUAAAGAAAAUAUAAAUCGAAGAGCUUUCCGUUUUUUACAAUCAUUUUUUCAUGUUCCUGAAGAUCGGAAUGUUUUUCGCGCAACGGAAAUAAAAAAAAUUGUAAAGUAAAAAAUCUACUGGGUGGUUAAAUUUUUUGAUAUGUUUCGCAUACACACGUCAAGAACAAAAUGGUACUGGAGACUAUCCCGGAUUAGACUCAGUUACAUCUGAGGUAGAAAAAAUUUCAAAUGGUGACCACUUACACAUGGAUUAUAUUCAGUUCUAUCUCAGAUUUAACUCAGUUACCCCGGGUCAAAAAUAAAAUUUGAUUUAGACCUUGUUUACCAAGUUGAAAUUUAAAGCCGUUUUUCACAAGACAAACUUGACUUUUUCUUACGGAUAUAUGAAAUAUAUUGAGUUUUCGCUUUGGUUUAGAUCUAACUGGCUUACUUAGUCACGAUUUAAGAUGGAAAUUUUUGAAUCAAGUCGAAAUUGACUUGGUUUAGAUUUAUUCCGCUUGGAUUUUAAAACGAAAUAAAAAAAAAAAAUAAAAAUAAAAUAAAAUAAAGUGAAACGGGAAAAAUACCUUUUACACGCAGAGAAUUUUACGGUAUUUUUUGCAUCAAAAAUUUAUAGAAAAAUUACUACAGUCAUAGUAACAUGAGGACAGUAUGGAAUUAUUGUACAAAUUACCGAUACUGUAGAAAUUUUUAAAAUACAUCGAACAGAAUUUACAAGGUGCAUUGUAAUUUUGACAAAGCAACAGAUUAAAUUUAUACCAACUGCAUAGUAAAAUUUAUUCGGUUAAAUCAGAAUAUUUAGUAUGCAGUUGGUAUAAAUUUUAUCUGUUACAGUAUCGGUAAUUUGUACAAUAAUUCCAUACUGUCCUCAUGUUACUAUGACUAGUAAUUUUUCUAUAAAUUUUUGAUGCAAAAAAUACCGUAAAAUUUUCUGUGUGUACACUAAAAAAUACAGCUUGCUUUUGACUUGGUUGAGCAACUCUAAAGUUAAGUGAAUGACUGUCGUGCUCGAAGUGAAGAUGAAUAAGUUCAAACUAAGGUGGAAAAAGUUCUAAAAGUUGACAAAAAUUUAAUUCAAGUCGAAAAAGUUGAGAUCUUAUCGAAAAAUCAUCGGCAAAUCGACAACUUCAAAAGAAAAUAAGAUGAAGCGAGUCUGAAUAAGGUUUUAUUUUUGAUCGGGGACAUCUCAAAUCAUACAGCGGUAGAUUAUAUUGGUUGCAAUCCUAGAUGUAAGUGGUUACUAUCUAUAAUUUUUUUUUACCUCAGAUGUAACUGAGUAUAAUCUGGCAUAGUAGCCAGUACAAUCUUGUCCUUUCCAUGCCGGUGCCGGUAUGUCAGCCGAAAAUCUUAAGCCACCCCUAACUUCCGGAACUGCCCCUUUAGUCAGCCGUAAGCAGUCGACUGACAUAAUUCUUUUAAUUUUCAUUGCGCGGAAAACGUUCUGAUCUUCAGGUACAUAUUUUUUCUAGUUCAUUAUGAAAAAAAAAAUAAUGGCAAUAAGAAUAGAGAAUCAUAGACUCAUGAUUUUUUAAAAGCAAUAGAGAUAGUUAUGAAAUAACUUACCAUUCCUUGAAUUUGAAUAUUUAUAAUAAUAAUAAUGGUGCAUUAGUUGGCAUUUUCAAUGCUUUCAAAUAUUUUUGAAUAAAAUUUCUGCAAUUUCUUCCAGUAAAUAAAGUCAUUUAAUUUUAUUUUUAGUUACAUCUUACUGAUUUUUUAUAAAAUUUUAAUAUUUUGCAGUAAUAAAUUUUUACUAAUACUAGUAGUGGGAACUGAUUAUUAGUUAAAAUUAACUGAUGUGUAGCUUAUUAUUUUAUAGAUUUUUUAUUUAAAAGUCAUCUAAAAUAAUGACUCAAAGAAUUUAUUUUAAUCAAUAUUUAAAAGAUUAUAAAAUAAUUAUAAUUUUUAUUUUCAAUUACUAUUGAUAAUUUAUUAGAAAUAUAAAUAAUAUGACUAAUUCUAAAAGUUUACAUUAAUUUAACGUACAAAGAGUAAAAAAACACAAAUACAUACCUGCUUUUCUAUUAGUUUCGUUAAAAAACAACAGUAUAAUGUUGACUUACUGCCAGUAAUGUCUGAUAGUGAUAAAACACAAACAAACAAAUAGAUCUAAAUGAACAAUUAGAUUGAAAGUCUAUCUAAAGAUGAAAUAAAUCAAAUGAGAAAUAUUUUAAACCAUGACAUUUAUCUAUUAAAUAAUAAAAAUCUCUGCUGUGGUACAUAAAUGUUAGAUAAAAAUAAAUAAAAAGUUAUAAAAUAUAAUAAUUUGUAAUAUAUAACAAUGUAAUGCUGAGUUGUAAGGAGCAAGUUAUUAUACGAUAAAUAAAAAAAUUAACACUGUUUACUCUUUAUAACAAAAAUAAAAAAACAUCCUCUAUUUUUUUAUGGA